AUGGAGCACACCAACUGCUCAGCUGCCAGCACAGUGGUGGAGACAGCCAUAGGCACCAUGCUGACACUGGAGUGUAUACUGGGCCUGAUGGGUAACGCUGUGGCUCUCUGGACCUUCUUUUACCGCCUCAAAGUGUGGAAGCCUUAUGCUGUCUACCUGUUCAAUCUGGUGGUGGCUGAUCUGCUGCUGGCCACCAGUCUGCCAUUCUUUGCUGCCUUCUAUCUGAAUGGCAAGACCUGGAAACUUGGCCACACGCCAUGCCGAGUUCUGCUCUGCCUGCUCACAUGCAGCCGUGGUGUGGGGGUAGCCUUCCUGACGACAGUGGCUCUAGACCGGUAUCUGCGUGUGGUCCAUCCUCGGCUCAGAGUUAAUUCGCUGUCUCUGAGGGCAGCUUGGGGCAUCUCCAGCCUCAUCUGGCUUCUGAUGGUUGUUCUCACUCCCCAAAACCUGCUCACUUGCAAGACUACCCAGAAUUCCACGGAGUGCCCCAGCUUCUACCCCAUAGGAGAGACCGAGGUCAGUGCCACCUGCCAGGAGGUACUCUUUUUCCUUCAGGUCCUGCUUCCCUUUGUCCUCAUCUCCUUCUGCAAUGGUGGGCUCAUUAGGACCCUACAGAAGAGACUCCGAGAGUCUGACAAACAGCCCAGGAUCCGGAGGACCAGGGUGCUGGUUGCCGUGGUGCUGCUACUGUUUGGACUGUGCUUCCUGCCUAGUGUCCUGACCAGGGUUCUGGUGCACAUCUUUCAGGAAUUUGAGAGCUGCAGUGUCCAACAAGCCAUAGUACAAGCCUCUGACAUUGCGGGCAGCCUCACCUGCCUGCACAGUGCAUUGAGCCCGGUCAUUUACUGCUUCUCCAAUCCGGCCUUCACCCACUCAUACCGGAAGGUGUUCAGAAGCCUUCGAGGCAGGAGGAAGGCAGCAGGGUCUCCUAGCUCCAACCUCAGGGACUGCUAUUCCUGA